AUGUCUGCGAGAAAAUUGUCUGAUAUCGACUCGUACUGCUCUGAUAUCGCCCCCCAGGAGAAGCAAAAGGUGACAUCCGUCUAUCGGGGGAGGAGAGUAAUAAUCGAGCUAGGGGAAUAUAGGAUAGGGUUGAUUAUAAUGCGUUCUAACAAGAACCAGCAAACAACCGGUGACGAGGACUAG